AUGACGAGUGGACUCGCCACCAAGCAACAGUCGCUCAAGCUGUUUGAGAAACUCAAGUCGAAGCCUGCGAACAAGAUAUGCUUCGACUGCGGCCAAAAGAACCCGACUUGGACUUCAGUACCCUUUGGUAUCUAUCUGUGUCUCGACUGCUCUUCCAACCACCGGAACCUCGGCGUUCAUAUAUCCUUUGUACGGUCGACGAAUCUGGACCAAUGGCAGUGGGAUCAGUUGCGUCUGAUGAAGGUGGGUGGCAAUGAAUCGGCUACCAAGUUCUUCCAGCAAAACGGGGGGACUGCAGCAUUGAACAGCAAAGACCCCAAGACCAAAUAUCAAUCCAAUGCGGCCACAAAGUAUAAAGAUGAACUCAAGCGACGGGCUGCUCGCGACGCCAAAGAAUAUCCCAACGAAGUUGUCAUGGCCGACGGCGCCGACGACGGUUCCUCAACUCCCGCGGGAGAGCCUGACGACGACUUUUUCUCCUCAUGGGAUAAGCCCGCCAUCAAGCGACCUACGCCCCCUCUUUCACGAACGGCGACCCCCCCCGUCGUCGGUCGAACCCCCUCGCCCUUCUUGAACGCUGGCAAUGGCAAUGGAAAGGACCCUGCUCGACCGGCAUCAUCUCUCGCCAAGUCCGACUCUGCUGGCGAGUCGAAGCCUGCCGCCAGCCGCAUUACCACGUCCGCGGCCCUCCGCAAGACUACGACAGCCGGCGGUCCCAAGAAACUCAACGUGCUUGGGGCCAAGAAGACUCAGAAGCUCGGCGCCAAAAAAGUCACUGGGGACUCUAUCGACUUUGAUGAAGCCGAGAAAAAGGCCAAGGAAGAGGCUGAGAGAAUUGCUAAGCUGGGAUACGACCCGGAGGCAGAGGACGAGCCUACCAAGGAUGCCCCUGGGGCUGCUACCAUCAUGUCUCCUACCCCCGUGAGCCCUCCCAUAACCAGCGGCAGCUCUCAUGCCCGGCAGAAGUCCAACGCCGAAGUUGAAAGACUGGGCAUGGGUGUUGCGCGUCUGGGAUUUGGCCAGGUUGGGGGCGGGAAACCGACUACCCAACCGGCAAAGAAGAAUGCAGGCGGCUUUGGAUCUUUCGGGUCUCAGAAGGGCAUCUCGUCCGACGAGUACUUUGGCAAGGGCUCGUUCGAUCCCUCUGCGCAGGCAGAAGCCAAGUCUCGACUGCAAGGGUUCGAGGGCGCAUCCGCCAUAUCCUCCAACGCCUACUUUGGACGGCCCGAGGAAGAUGUCGCGGAAGAGUAUGGCGAUUUGGAAUCAGCCGCCAAAGACUUUGUUCGCAAAUUUGGCAUCACUGCCAGUGACGACCUGGAGAAUCUGACCAACGUCCUUGGUGAGGGGGCUACCCGCCUGCAAGGUGCUAUUCGCAACUAUCUCCGUAGUUGA